UGCGGGGAAAGUGACUUGCCCAAGGUCAUGCAGUGAGGCAGUGGCUGAGCUGGAAAUUGACACGAGCUGAGCCGAAAACUUCCUACUCCUGUGCUGGGCUGUUCAGUGGCACUGAAGGCUGCAGGGCUCCACGCAAAGACGUGUUAGAGUAGGUUCUGCUUACCUGGCUGAUGCUGCCAGACUGAGAAUGGCAUGCUGUGGAGGACGUGGCAGUGGAAGUGUUUAAUCCCCUUCUCUUAGCUGCUACCACGGGAAAUCUUGGUGACUUACCUCUAGGUUCCUCUGCAGAAGACCAACUGCUGACCUUAUCCAAGUUUGCCUCUCAAGCUGCAUUUGACUGCUCUGGACAGUAGCAACACAUUGGAUCUGACAUGAUUCUUCCUGGUUGUGCUGUUGCAGAUGGAAUUGCGAGUACAAGGAAUGAAAAUUGAUAGGACUUGUUGAUGUUCUUUCUGCUACAGCCUGGCGAGUUUCUGAGCUGCAGCAGAGGAGACCUGCAAACAAAAAAAGAAACAGCAGCUAUUAGCCUACGGUGUUCAGAGAGAACAGUAAAUCAGCACAAUAUGGCACAUCAUAGGAUUGUCCUUGGAUUAUUCCUGGUGACUGUUUUAUCACUGUUGGAUGGAAGUUCAGCUUUCCUGUUAAAUCAGCGUCUGAAGGGAAGAUUUCAAAGAGACCGUAGAAACAUCCGCCCAAACAUCAUCCUUGUUCUUACUGAUGAUCAGGAUGUAGAACUUGGUUCUAUGCAAGUGAUGAAUAAAACAAGACGAAUCAUGGAACACGGAGGGGCUCAUUUCAUCAAUGCCUUUGUGACAACGCCCAUGUGCUGCCCAUCUCGUUCCUCUAUUCUCACAGGGAAGUACGUCCACAACCACAACACCUACACUAACAAUGAGAACUGUUCUUCUCCAUCCUGGCAGGCUCAGCAUGAAAUCCGUACCUUUGCAGUGUACCUCAACAACACGGGCUACAGGACAGCUUUCUUUGGAAAGUACCUUAAUGAAUACAAUGGCUCCUAUGUGCCUCCUGGUUGGAAAGAAUGGGUUGGGUUGCUUAAAAACUCUCGAUUUUACAACUACACACUCUGUAGAAACGGAGUGAAGGAGAAACAUGGAUAUGACUACUCCAGGGAUUAUCUAACUGAUCUGAUUACCAAUGACAGUAUUACAUUCUUCAGAAUCUCCAAGAAGAUAUAUCCUCACAGGCCUGUGCUGAUGGUCAUAAGCCACGCAGCUCCUCACGGCCCUGAAGAUUCAGCUCCUCAGUACUCACAUCUCUUUCCUAAUGCCUCACAACACAUCACUCCCAGUUACAACUAUGCUCCCAAUCCAGACAAGCACUGGAUAAUGAGAUACACAGGUCCCAUGAAACCCAUCCACAUGGAGUUCACUAACAUGCUGCAGAGGAAACGCCUUCAAACGCUCAUGUCUGUGGAUGACUCUAUGGAGAUGAUUUACAAUACAUUGGUUGAAACAGGUGAACUGGACAAUACCUAUAUAAUAUACACAGCAGACCAUGGCUAUCAUAUUGGACAAUUUGGGCUGGUGAAAGGGAAGUCCAUGCCAUAUGAGUUUGAUAUCAGAGUUCCUUUCUAUGUCCGAGGUCCAAACGUGGAAGCUGGAUCCUUGAAUCCUCACAUUGUGUUGAAUAUCGACCUCGCCCCUACGAUUCUAGAUAUUGCUGGUUUGGAUAUUCCAUCUGAUAUGGAUGGCAAAUCCAUCCUAAAGCUUCUGGAUUCUGAAAGACCAGUGAAUAGGUUCCAUUUAAAGAAAAAGAUGAAGGUGUGGAGGGAUUCGUUCCUAGUGGAAAGAGGUAAACUGCUGCAUAAGAGAGAGAAUGAGAAGGUAGAUGCCCAGGAAGAAAACUUUCUACCCAAAUACCAGCGUGUGAAAGACCUCUGUCAGCGAGCUGAGUAUCAAACAGCUUGUGAACAGCUUGGCCAGAAAUGGCAGUGUGUGGAAGACGCCAGUGGAAAGCUCAAGCUACACAAGUGCAAGGGAAUGGCGAACUUGGAAGCUGCAGGCAACAGCAAAGGCACCUCCAACAUCUUGCCCAAGUAUUACAGCAGGAAUAGUGAAGACUGCAAUUGUGAAGAGAAUGAGUACAAGCUGAGCCAUGUCGGACGGAGGAAGAAACUCUUCUCCAAGAAAAAAUACAAACCCAGCUACGUGCGGAAUCGCUCCAUCCGUUCGGUGUCUGUGGAGCUGGAUGGAGCCAUUUAUAACUUGGGCUUGGAGGAUGGCUACCAACCUGUCCUGCCAAGAAACAUCACCAAACGGCACAACAUGCAGAGGGCUCUUCUUCGUGAGGAGGAAGAUAAAGACGUGGGGGAAUACAGUGGCACUGGUGGCAUUGCAGAGUACGCAGCCCCUAACCUAAUAAAAGUGACUCACAGGUGCUACAUCCUGGAGAAUGACACUGUUCAGUGUGACACAGACCUGUACAGGUCACUGCAGGCUUGGAAGGACCACAAGCUCCAUAUUGACCAUGAGAUUGAAACUUUGCAAAACAAAAUAAAGAACCUGAGGGAGGUGAGAGGUCAUCUGAAGAAGAAGCGCCCUGAGGAGUGUGACUGUAACAAGAUAAGUUACCAUUCAAAGCACAAAAGCAAGCUGAGGCACAAGGGAUCAAGUCUCCAUCCUUUCAGGAAAGCCUUACAGGAGAAGGACAGGCUGUGGCUGCUUCGUGAGCAGAGACGGAAGAAGAAGCUGCGCAAGCUGCUGAAGAGAAUCAAAAACAACGACACGUGCAGCAUGCCUGGCCUGACCUGCUUCACCCACGACAACCAGCACUGGCAAACAGCUCCCCUCUGGACACUGGGCCCCUUCUGUGCCUGUACCAGUGCCAAUAACAACACGUACUGGUGUCUGAGGACAAUCAACGAGACCCACAACUUCCUGUUCUGUGAAUUUGCAACAGGAUUUCUGGAGUAUUUUGAUCUCAACACUGAUCCAUAUCAGCUGAUUAAUGCAGUGAAUACACUAGACAGAGACGUUCUCAAUCAACUUCACGUCCAGCUCAUGGAACUAAGAAGCUGCAAAGGCCACAAACAAUGCAAUCCCAGAACUAGAAACAUGGAUCUGGGCCUGAAAGAUGGAAGCUACGAGCAGUACAGGCAGUUUCAGCGUCGAAAGUGGCCAGAUGUGAAGAGACCAUCAUCUGCCAAGUCACUAGGACAGCUGUGGGAAGGCUGGGAGGGCUAACCUCCUCCAACCUCUGCACCUCUGUGAGGAUACAAACUGGCCAGAACUUGAAUCCCUGUAAAGACUCAGUGGAAACAUUUAUGACUUCAGAACAAAUUCUAACGUUAGCCUGGAGGACUGGACAAAUGUUGAGGCUGAAAUAGAUGAUAGAGAGUUUGCACUGGUGAGUGAAUUACAUAGAAACUGGGAAAUGCUGACAGAACCACAGGUCCCUGAAAUCCACUAUUUUACCUGCUUUCUGCUUUGGAUUAUACCUCACCUGCUUCACAAGGCAUUGUACUUCAAGACGACACCACUAACACUGCCCAGGAGCUGACAGAAGAGGAGAUGCAGCCACGUCCCAAAGAGGAUUGCCUUCCCAGGGGUCGAAGAGUACACAGAGACAGCAGGAGUAAACAAAGUAUUUUCCAAUUCAACUGGAUCUUCAGAUGUCCUGAGAAAAAAGCUUUACAGCCAGGUACAACUCUGAAGCAAGGCUUUGAAACAUGAAUGCUUUCCCCUCUAGCUGGGUAAAAGGUAAUGGUGGAAAAGAACUUUUAAGAGAUUCAGGAACUGAAGUGAGCAGCAUUGAAUACCAUCAACACCAUGCUACUUCUCAAACGUCCUCUGAGGAUACAUUUUAGUUCCAGCUCUACUUCUCCAUCCUAUUGCCUCCUCUAGGAAUAUUAGAGAAAAUCUUGACUAGCAGGAGGACACCCAAGAUUUUUGGAGGGGUUGUGUAAAUAUUGCUCAAUAUACUGUUUGAAAAGAAAUUCCUUCAGGUUGUGAAGACUUUUGUUAAUAAAAGAGUGGAAUGCCCACACACCUUUUCUCAAAAUGCUACUUAAUGUCACAUAGCUCAUUUCAGAAUUUAUCCACUUUUGAAAGUACUGAAAACUUUUCAGUAAAUGUAUAUCUUAAAUUUUAAUGAAACCAGAUUUGUAUGGAAGUUUGGUUUUUUUAUGAUGUGCUAAUACUAUUAUAGUCUAUGUUCCAAACCAAAACAGUUCCAGCAGCAUUUUGCUCAGUAGUGUUAGCUUUUACAUUUAUUUUUACAAAGGCAGCUCAAAAAAGCUCAGUGCUUGUAGCCAAUAAAGAAUGAUCUAGUUCUAGCCUACAAAGACGUAGAUGUGCUGAAUGAGAGUUACUGCUGAAAGGCUUUGAAGGGAAAAGCUAUCAUUUUCCUCUGGCAGCACAGUGGACAGAACCUGUUUCAGUGUUGUCAGAAAUUAGCUGCAGCAGGGGUGCUAGUGGUGAUACUGGGAUUGAGAAUUGGUUAUCCUGUCCAGCUAGGACCUCUUUUACAGGCACAUGCAGGAGGGAGCUAAUGUGACAGACUCAACAUGUGUGGUCUUCAAUCUUCAAGAGGUACAAACCUAACUUGAACUUGUAGAAAUGUGGUGUACAGCUGUGUCGCAGCAGUUACUCUGAUGGCUUUCCUGGUUUUGCACAUCCAGAAACUCAAGUGGAAUUACUUCCUGAGGGAUGGAGAUCUCUGGAAUCACACCCCCAUACAUAAAAAUACUUCAAUUUAGGAACUGAGGGGGAAAAAAAAAAGCCACCCUGAUAAAGCAGCUGUGGGUCUUCUGUUAGAUGUGCUAGUGUUUGUGUCACACUAAGGUAAAUAGAUUGCCCAAAAUUUUCUUGCAAGUUUGUUUUUUGUUUUCUAAUUUUGGAAGUAUGAUAAUUGCCUGUCUUAAUCUAGCCCUAGCUGUUGUUUAUAACCUGUUACAGAUCUCAUGGAUUAUCAGAAACAUCUGCUAGGUGAGGAGAUGCUGGAUCACUACAAAUAAGUUUAAAAAAAAAUAUAUAUCCCUGAAGUAAAAGUCACCAAGAGAAACAUUUCUGCUGUGUGCAGAGAAGAGUGUUGGCUGGCUGCCAUUCACAGUGAGUAUGCAGGAAGAAUACAAGGUUAGAUUUUUAACACUUUGCACUUACCUUAUUUUUGUGUUCCACCUGUGCUGUUGGUAAGGUGAGGGUGUGACUGCCAGAAUCCUGCGUGGUCACUUACUGUUGCUGUUACACGCCAGUGAGAAGCUCCAGAAAUUACUGCAUCCCUUGAUACAAAAUACUGAGCUGUGUGACACAAGCAGCAGUGGGAGUGUUCUGAAAAGGUAGGUCAUUGCCCAGUUAUGGAGAAGGCUACCACCUCUUCUCCUUUCAGCUCUCCUAAAGACAAUGAUUUAAGGUGAAAAAGACAAAUUUCAAUGCAAGAUUAGCUGCUGAAUGGGUCCUCAUGGGCAGCAGAUCCAAGUUGUCAUUUCUUUACCUUCUGUGGCCAACUAGGAAAAAUGUAAAUCAUUUGCUAUAGGUUAGCUCUCCUCAGUAACAGCACCAGAUUGUCUCUGACCUUUCCAGAGUACAGUUACCAGCCUUAAAGUAUCAGACAGCCAAUACACUGUUAUCACCAAGGUCUGAUUUUAAAUAGAAACCUUUAUUUACAUUAUUAUUAACAUCCAAACACAAAAAUCAGCAGAGCAGUAAUACCUUACAACCAACUCUUUUUUAUAAAUCAGCCCCCAUGAUUUUUCUGUUUUGCAAAACAAAAGAUACAGAUAUUUCAAGCAAUACUUAUGUAAACUAAACUUAAAUGCAGUUCUCAAUACUGUAUGCCUUCUCCUGAGAAGUUUUUUCAAUAUUGCUCUCAGAAUUACACGGUUCCAUACUUGCUGUAUCAUUCUGUCAUCUGGUAGCCUGCACAGAAAGUCUAAAAUAAAAUGUGUGCUAAUUGGUACAACA